AUGGUUAUCGAAACACAGUCUCGAGUAUAUACUAACAAUGCUAUUCAAAAGGGUCCUGCCUACUAUGAAUACUCUUUAUACAAGCUAGAGUACGGUAAUAUUGAUACUUACAAAAUUAAGGACUAUAUAGGUAAAGGAAAGUACUCUCAAGUCUUUAAAGGGACAACAAAAGAUCGGAAUUUAUGUGUUAUAAAGGUCUUAAAGCCAGUCCGCGAGAAGAAGAUCUGUCGGGAAGCUAAGAUUCUAAAGACUUUAGUAGGAUUACCCAAUGUAGUUCAGUUAUUAGAUAUAGUUAAAGAUCCAGAAUCUGGAACUAGAGCUUUAGUUUUCAAGUAUCAGAAGCACGAAGAGACUCGGGCUUUAUUCAAACGUUUUACAUUAGAAGAUAUUAGGUAUUAUAGUCGUGAGAUUUUAAAAACACUUGAUUCUGUGCAUUCUCUGGGUAUUAUGCAUCGUGAUUUAAAACCGCACAAUAUAAUUAUUGAUCAUGAUUCUAAAGAAAUCAAAAUUAUUGAUUGGGGUUUAGCUGAGUAUUAUAUUCCAGGUACAAGUUAUAGUGUUGGUGUGGCUAGUAUGCAUUUUAAAGCUCCUGAAUUAUUGGUUAAUUAUCGGCAUUAUGAUUACUCUUUAGAUCUUUGGACUUUUGGUUGUGUUCUUUGUGAGAUGGUUUUAAAACGGAUGCCGAUGUUCAAUGGUUCUUCUAAUGAGGACCAACUUGCCAAAAUAGUGAAGGUUCUAGGUAAAGAUAAGUUUACCUUUUACAUUCAGAAGUAUGGGAUUAUUCCCUCUCCUAAUCUAUUGGCGUGUAUUAAGAACUGUCCGAAAGAAGGACUCUGGCCUAAACUCAAAGAAGAGGCCAGUAAAACCUUUGGGGCGCACACUAAACAGAUCUUUGAAGUACUAGAAGGUGUUCUCCAGUACGACCACCAAAACCGACUAACUGCCCAAGAGUGCUUAAACCUACCUUUCUUCCAGUAA